AAUGUGUAUGACUGUCAAAUCUGUCAAGUUUGUUGAUUUAUAAUAAAAUUUCAAAAAACUGUUUUUUCUAUCCAAAUUUCGUCGUGCAAGUUUAAUCACGGAAUAAAUUUAGCAUCAUCAGCCGUGCCACUGAAAAUGAACGCCGAAGAUGAAUUCACAGGCGAAAUAUCCGCUCCGUUUCCAUUAAACUUCAAAAUACCGCACAAGAGCUCAACAUCGACUGACAAUGAACCAGUGAAUCAAAUAAAUCCAAUGGAAUAUUACUCAACAGAACCAGCAGUGGCACUGUAUCCGCCUAAGCCACCAACCGAUGUUGUUGCUAAGAAACGAAAACUUGAUGACGGAGCACCGCGUUCAUUUUACAGACCACCUUGCGACGAAUCUCUUCCCAUCGAAUUAAACAAACUGAUGUUACCAUUGCAUUGUGAACUGUGCUCGGUCACGUUGAACUCCCCGAUAACCGCAAAAAUCCACUACGAGGCAAAACCUCACGAUAAAAAGGUCAAUGCAUGGCUGCUUGAAUGGUCUUCGCGUACCGGCCUACCAAUUCCAAAGAGACAAAAGGUGGCAGAAGGACCUUCCGGACCGAAUGCCUUCCAUUGUGAACUGUGUGACUUACCACUGACCUCUUUGCAACACGCUAAUCAACAUUAUUCUGGAAAGAGACAUAGGAUGGCACUAGCUGGCCGUUCAAAUCCGCAUGGCUCUGGCUACUAUGGCCCUGACGGCAAAUGGAUACGAAUACAAACCAAAGUUGCAGUUGACCCGACUGGACGUUUUAAUAUUGGCGAGUCAUUUCUGAAUAAUCAUCAGCAGGAAUCAGAAAGCGCAACAUCAUCAACAUUGGUGUCAACCCCAUCAACAAUAGCACCUUCAACAUCAUCACCAUCGGUGGAAACUGAACCGGAUAAAUAUUGUCAAAUUUGCAAUGUAUCUGUGACAUCACAACCGCAAAUGAAGCUGCAUUUGGAAGGGCAAAAACAUGCAAAAAAACUGAAAGCCAUUGGAGCACCACCAUACACAGCUGAUGGUAAUGAUACCAUUCUACAGUGCAUAGACACUAAACCAACAAAAGGUCAUUUAAAGAAAAGAGACAUUUCGAUAUAUCGAACUCCAUCCGGGUAUUUUUAUUGUAAACCCUGUGACGUUACAAUACCCAAUGAAGUUCUGUUCAAUCAGCAUCUCGAUGGUAAAAAACAUAUUAAAGCCUGCUCCAAUGCAGCUAAUGUUUCUAAAUAGUUUGGAUGAAAGGAAAAGAGUUGGUACAACCAAGGCUGUAUACUUUGAGGAGGUCACGCAGAUGCAGAUACGUGGUUUACACACCACGUUUCA